UUUCAAUCGCCGACUGUUAAGGACGAAUACGAAAAGCUGUGCCGGGAUCACAUGUCCCUAAUUCAGUUUGGCGGAAAAUAUGCCGAAUUUGAUCCACUGGGAAAGAUCCGGUACCUAGACGAGAUUGAAAAAAUUGAAGACCGAUGGGAGGUCUUUUUCGCUCGAUUCAAGCUAAUGGGCUUUCUAAACAAGUCAUAUGUGACGCAAUGUAACGAUUUCUUGGCAAGCAUGGGACUGGAUGAGGAGCAG